GCGCAGAUCGUGAUUUUCUAUGCAUCAAAAUGGCGACGACCUUAUCGAAAGAAGAUGUUGUGAGGAGGAAACAUCGGGGCCAGAUACAACUUGGUCUUGUGACCUACAGUUACACGGGCGACAGCAGCUCUGAAGACGAGGACGAUGACGCCUCGGACAUCGUCAGGAAUGGCGAGGCUCGGAUUGCAUGGUACCCAAAAGGACGUGAAGAGGUCAUUGCAGAGGACAAGGUAACCCUUCAUGACCGAUGUCUACUACCAGGCGACAUUGUCAAGUACAAUGUCUCGACCCAGGCGCAGAAGGGACUCGUCAAGUCAAUCAAUGUUAUGUGCAAUCUACAAGUCCUCACCACCAAGCAGAUGAUCUAUAACAUUCCUAGUCAACAGCUAACCCCAAUUGUGCCAUUCCAAGUAGGGGACCAUGUCGUGAUGGAUGAUUGGGUAGGCAUUGUCAGGGAGAGCUACAACAAUGUGGUAGUGCGCUUCAAGAGUGACGCCAGAUGCUCCGUGUGUGAGGAUAGCGCUUGUCGGCUAGUGGACGUCCAUGACAUCAGUGAUGAGAAUUCUGUCUUUGGGGAAGAAGUGGGGUUCUUUCCAGGCCAGAUCCUCCAGGGUCCUGCAGCGGUCUUCAAAGGAGCCAAAUGGCUGGGAGGACCACGUCCAAUCCUCGGCAGCAAGACUAGGUUCAGGGUCACUGUUGAUGAGGUGAAGAACACCGGUCUGGAUAUUCAGUGGUGCUCAAGAGCAGUAACCAAGAACACUGAUGACCUCAAGCCACCACCUAUGUGCAUUAAAGGCAAGAAUCUAGAGAGAACAAAGCUGCUGAACUUCAGUGCCCAUGCAAGUGUCCAGAUAGGAGACAAGUGUAUGUACAAAGUCAAGGAAGAGGAUCUAGGUUACCCGGAACCUGUUACCAAGGGUUCUUUCCUGUGCUUCAGAAAACCUGGCCAGAACAGUGUUGCAGAGGGUUCUAUGAAAUCUGUCACAGAAAACAUGAAGUGUGAGGGGAAAGAUAAUAUACAGUCUGUCAUAAUUCAAGCCAUGAAGGGGUUAGGUCUCGAUUUCAAGAAUUUGGCAGUUAAGGAUGAUCCUGUGGAAGAUGCAGUUCUGCAGGAACCAAUGAAAGAGCAGAUGGCUGAUGGAGAGUCAGGAGUGGGAUGUGGAGGAGGUAGUGAACAAUCAGUGCAAUCUGGUGGGCCAGGACAGGCAACAGUCACUAGCCCCAACUCUGCAACAGAGGACACACUUUCUUGUCCGGAGAAUGAACAUGGUGAAGCUAGCAAAUUGACUAGACCGGAAACAUCAGAUAAUGCUGGCUACCAUGAAUCGGUCUUGAAACUUCUUGAUUCGUAUGACCAAAUUUUGUCACAAGUAGGAGAGGCAAAAACUGAGGAUCAUGCAAACGAUGUGGAUGAGUCCUCUUUACUUCAGAAAGAAAACAUUGUUAGGCAGGCUAAAAGAAACCUUCGCAAUCUUCCCCAUCUUCCCAGUCCCUCAGACAUAGCAAGGGUUUCUCUGAACCCUGGCUUCUGUCUUAUGAAUAGUAGCACAGGAAGCAGAGAAGCGUCUGAGACUCAACUAGAGUGCUCAAAUAAGAAGAAAGACGGUCGACUAGGCUCGCUGUUCAGUAACUUUGAGAGGCUACACAAUGAAAUUGAAACUUUACAGGAAUCCUUAGGCGGUCUUGCGUCGGGAAGCUUGUCGAGCGCAUCUUACAACAAGAUGUUUGAGGACACUCAGAAAGACAUGCAGGGUCAGAUCCAAUUACUCAGAGAAGUUACUCAAAGCAAUCUAUCUUCUGGUAAGAAAACUAGUAAACAAAAUGUGCAUGCAGCUGCAGAAAGGAUUCCAAAUGAACAACCAGAAGCGGAGAGUAAGGAGAAGAAAGGUGAAGGGGUACUAGAUGUCGCUUCUUCGGGAGAAGAAAUGGAAUGGGAGGAGGAGGAGGAGGAAGAAGAAGAGGAGGAGAUUGAAGAGGGUGAUGAAGAACAAGACUCUGAUGAUCGGGGAGAAGUAGGAGAGGGGGAAGACAAAUCAUUGAAAGCUAAUUCCAAGACUCUUUCCCAGAAGACUAUUGCUAAGAAAACCAAGCGACAGAAGCAGACCGGCGCACAAUCAAAGAAGCGGAAAGCACAAACAGUUAAAGCGGAUCCGAUCCAGCCUGGGCAGUGGAUUUGUGUGGAGGUCACCCAUACAUCCACCGUGGUAGAUGUAUUAUGGCAGGAUGGUUCAUAUGAGACAGGUAUCAUCUCUACUGAUGUUGUGCCUUGCAGACAGCUGGAUGAGCUGGAGUUUUUCCCAGGAGACGUUGUCAGCUUCGGCAAAGAUGCUACUGAAGAGGGCUAUGGUGUUAUCACCAAGGCAGACAACAAGGAAAGGACUUGUGGUGUCAGCUGGAUAACAAGAAAUCCGGAAAACCCUUCUCAGCCCCUCACGAGUACCGAGGAGCACAGCGUGUAUGAGCUCUCCCCACAUCAGGACUUUGUGUUCAGUACAGACGAUGUAGUCGUCAGGAUCGCCCACAACUCUAAAGAAGAAGAAGAGUCUGCACAAGACCUGCCUCCUGCAGGCCAGGUGCAGGUAGUGAAUGGCGAUGGCUCCAUCACGAUCAGAUGGGUCGAUGACACCCUGUCCAAGGUCUUCCCUCAUCAGCUCUACAGAAUUGAAGAAGACUGUGAGUUUGACUCUGAGCUGUCCAUUACUGAUUACCUGGAAGCAGCAAAGGAGAUGAUUGAAGAAGGAGGAGGAGGAGGAGACAGUAGUCAUGACAACACCUCUUCUGACAGCAGCUGGGAGACUGCUAGUGGCAAGUCGGGAGAUGAAGGCCAUGAAGAGGAUGAAGAGGACGAAUGCGAGGAUGAAAUGUCCCAUGUUCCUGAUGACUCGGUAACCAUCAGCAAGACGGAGCCCCCGGAUACGGAGGCCCAGAGAACGGGAGAGGUAGAGACGGCAGAUAAGACGGAGGAACCAAUGUCUACCAACAGUGACUGCUCAGUACUGCAGCAAUCAAGCGCAGACAUCGCAGAGGGUAAAGAACACGAGGCUGUGGCCAAAGAAGAAAUGAGUGACAUCCAGGCUGAAGGACGGAUAACAAAUAUCAAAAGUGAGAAAGGAGAGGCGAUGAUGAAGCUUCAAAUCACUCCGGCGGCAGUAGAAGAAGAGGUGCCAGUCAACCAGGACAAAGAUCUGAGCUGGGCUGAAGAUGGACUUCAGAGUCCUAAUGCUGCUAGCAGAUUCAUAGUGGUAUCCUCCUUACCAGAAUGUCACUACUUCAGCAGCGCCCAGGAACCAACCAACCAAAAACAGUUCCUACAGACUUGGAAAAAAGAGGUUCGUCUGCUCCAGACUGCUCUCCCUCAAGGGAUCUUGGUGAAAGCCUUUGAGGACAGAAUGGACAUGUUCUCCGUCAUGAUCGAGGGCCCUGUCAACACCCCUUACGAGGAUGGGGUUUUCUUCUUUGACAUUCGGUUGCUAGGCGACUACCCAAAGACCCCGCCCAAGGUCCACUACCUGUCCUUCUGCAGCGGUCGUCUCAACCCCAAUCUCUACAGUGACGGCAAGGUGUGCCUCAGUCUGCUUGGAACAUGGUCAGGAAAGGGUAACGAGAUGUGGACAUCAUCGUCUAACCUUCUUCAGCUGUUAGUCUCUGUCCAAGGCUUGAUUCUUGUUAACGAACCAUACUACAAUGAGGCUGGCUAUGACAAACACCGUGGAACCACGGAGAGUAUGGAAAACUGUCGCAUGUACAACGAGAUGGCCCUGGUUAAACUUGUGCAGUCCAUGAGCAAGAUGGUGUCGUCUCCGCCAUUCUUGUUCAAGGAAGAAGCGCUCUUAUUUUGCAAGAAACAUUGUGUCAGGUUAAUAAGACGGCUUGAAUCUUGGCUUGAUCUUGCAUUAAGGUCGGAAGACAUCCCCAAAGCCAUGAGCCAACCUGCAGCAGGGACUUGUCCAGGACCAUCAUGUCAGCAAGACCAAGUGAUGCAGCCCGAUGAAGAAGCUACGAUAAAGACAGGCUCUACAGAAGAUGGAGCAUCAAGUAGUCUAAAAGAAUCUGUUUGUGAAGGUCCGAAAACAACAAUACCACCACCAUCUUCAUCCUCCUCCUCAUCCUCCUCCUCCUCCUCCUCCUCAUCAUCAUCAAACACUUCAAAGCCUGAUGCUAUGUCACAUCUCCCGUCUGACCCUGCAACAGAGACGACGUCAGUCUCCCAAACAGAUUCCAAAACCAUUUCUCCACCCUCCACCACCAUUACCACACCUUCCUCGUCACUAGAAGCCACACAACAAUGUACUUCUUUAGUCCCUACAUCACCAUCCAAGCCAGAACGCACCACUCUUGAGUCGGGCUGGAGCCAGAUAUUCCCCGGAGCCGGAGCUUCCUUACCGGAUGAUGGCAGUAGCUCCAUGCCUCCAUACUCCCUCUUCCCCUUAUCUAAAGGCUUCAUCAUCAGCCUACAGCACACCCUGAGCGAGUUCAAAUCCCAGUUGAAACAAGCCGGUAUCAGUUAACCCUCGAUCAAACUUGAUCGAUGGUGUUUCAAGGUGAAGGUUGUUCUCUCUAGCAAUGUCACAAACCAGCUGUUAGAUCGUGCAAUUUCAAGUGGCGUCAAGAGAUGCAGUACUGCCAUGGCUUGUAUUUUGACUGUUGGUUCUUGCGCCUAUCGGUGUGGCAAAGCUACCGUAAUCAAGCUAAAUCGAGCUUAAAAACAACAGCAAAUGAAUAUGUGUGUGAAGAAAAACUGAUUAUGUAUACAUUAGCUACCUAAUAUAUAUUGCAAGAGAUAAGGAAGAAAAUGAUUAAAAUUGAAAGAAAUAACCACCAAAAAAAAGAAGAAAAUCUGUGAUAAAUUUCAUGCACUGGGGUUUAAUAAUUGGGUAAAGUGCACUGCUUCAUGCUGAAGUCACAAUCGUGAAAAAAAAAGAUCCGCCCCUGAUAUUGCCUACUGUAUCCACUUUCUUACGUAAUUAGAUUGCCAUCAUUUUAUAACCUGUUAUUUAGUCAUGCAAGAAACGUAAAUGCUAUUAUACACCAUUUAAUGAAGGUUUAUACUGUAGCUCUAAUACUUCUGAAAUAUUUCAUCUACCCUUUUUCCAUCAUUUCAUCACUUUCAAUUCUAUUUGAGGAAAUACCUUCAUGGUUUCAAGAUUUUUUUCUCUCCAUCUUUGUGAUGCUCAAUUUUGCUUAUCUUUGUGUUCAUGGAUAUUUAGUCCAAAUGUCAGUUUAAAUUGCACACUGAUAAUUUUCUUAUCAUCUUUCAUAUGCAUCACAGGCACCAUCAUCAUCAUCAUCAUCAUCAUCAUCAUCAUCAUCAUCAUCAUCAACAGCAACACUAUCACACCAUCGUCAUAAAUUAACACUGUAAUUGUUGUCGUUAUCACCAUCACUAUCAUCAUUAAUAUCAUCUUCACCUUCAACACCUUCAUCAUCAUCACUUUGUUCUACAUUUAAUUAUGCCAUUAUAGAUUGAUGCAGUACUAAAUUAAACAUAGAAACAAGAAUUAUGACUUCAUUUAUUUCAUUUAAUGGAAAUAAUAUUUGUUGUGUUUGUAUGUGGGGAGUACGUUGCACUUAAAGUACCUUAUUUCCCUUUGUGUUUGUUUGUUCAUUAAUAGCAUUUGUAGCAUAAGUUUUCUUGUAAUUCAAGCUUCCCUAUUACAACUCCAUUUGGUGGAGGUUAGUGGCCCUUUGUGUAAUAAUUUUCUUCCUUCUUACUCUCAGUUUUAGGUCAAAGAAAUCAGUUUGACAAUGAAUAUUUUGUUUGAUACCUGAAUUUGACCAAUCUGUGAGGGUUAUAAUUCUAGUGUACUAUGCUAACUUAAAUCAUUGCUUGUUAUUAUUGUAAUCACAAUUUCAAAUAAACCACUGUGUUACAUUUAUUGUUUCAAAGAAACCUGGCUUACGCAUAUUAAGGCAGGGGGAAAGUAGUGUGGGAAUUCUCUCGGGUUGUUCACUAAAUGCAGUUUAUUGUUGAUUUAUACAAGCAAUUUGGUUUACAGUAUGAAUUAGAUGAUGUCAAAAGUCACUGGAAACAGCCACAUGGAAAGAAAGUCUUAAUUGUAAUUGGCUAAAGGUGACAAAAAUAUUCAGGAAAAAGUUUUGAUAUUAUUUGGUUUGAGAUUGUCAUGUUAAAUGGCACAUGUAUCAUCGUCUGCAAAUGCUUACUAACACCCUUGUUUAAGAACAGGAUUGAAUUCUGCUCAAAUAGCUUCUGUAUUCACUAACCCUUGACUUAUUUACUUAUUUUCAGGGUCGAAAGAUCCGAAAAUGUGCCCAUUUAUGAAUUUUGCAUGUAGUUAUCAAAUUGUUUUUUGUUUUUCUCCUGUAUAUUUGUGAAAAAAAGAUAUAGUUUAUAUAUUAUCAAUAAUUAAAUAUUUAUCUGCACUUUCGAGGCUUGCCAUGACGAACUGAUAUCUAAGAUAUAAAUGUGAUUUCUAUGAGAAAAAAGAUUGUAAGCGUCUAAGAAUAGCAGAGCUAUGUUAGAAUGAUAGAGUCCACCAUUCUGCAGAUAUAGAUGAAAUGAGCAGUGAAAAUUCAAGUUAAGUAACAGUGUUUAAAUAUACUACUGAUAAAAGGUUCUGACUUUAUAGUUAGAUUUACACAUGAAUUGCAAUUUGACAAAAUAUCGCAGCACAACUGAAUGAAUAUGUUUAAGAAUACCUCCUCUAGCGCAACAGGCUUUCGCCUUUGAAUUUACAAUACUUGUCACAUAAAUGGUCAAUGUUCUGAUCGAGGGGCUGGUUUUUAUCGAUCAAAAUUUUUUUUGCCCCUCCACAUUUAUGAUAAUCACAUACCUUUUUUUGUCUUUUCAAGUGUGGUAUAUAUUCAGGAAGUAUUUCAGUCAGCACUAUUAAAGUAAACAUCAGUAUAGUGUAGUAGGAAAUGCAGGUCGCUAUACUUAAACUUGCUGUUCUAUGAGCUAAUAAAAACUAAUGAAUUUAUAUCAGAAAAUUUAAUAUUAAUAAUUAAAAGUUGACUACUUCAAAUGACUGGAUUCACUUUUGAUGACUACAUUACAAAUUUAAGAUGUUUUAUGAUGUAUUGUUGCUCAUAUGGAGAUAUAUCUAAGUUAAUAUCUAUGAAGAAAUUAAAAGCAUCAUAAUUAUCAAUUA